AUGUCUUUUCUGGCCAGGUCCAUUGACCUUGUAAAAAGUCCUUUUGCUAAUUUCGGCGUUGGGGCUGUGCGGACAGCAACCAAACGUGCGGGAGGAACAAUAUCUAAUCAUGGUGGAUCGCCAGGAAAGCGGUUAGGUGUCAAAAAGUUCUCAGAUCAGUAUGUUAUUCCGGGGAACAUCAUUGUCAGGCAACGAGGAACCCUUUUCCAUCCAGGGCCUAAUGCAAGUCGCCACUGCUUCCCAACUUACGGCGUCGGAAUGGGUCGUGAUCACACCAUCUUUGCCUCAAUACCAGGCUACGUGCGCUUUUACAAGGAGAAAUACAUGCUCGGAGAACGCAGAUACGUUGGAGUUGUGCAGACACGGGGCGAGAAGCUACCCCGUAACGAAGAGGAGUUUGGCCGGGAUCGUUACUUUGGUCUGAAGAAUCUUCGAGCACCAAUACCACUAUGA